AAAUAGCCCGUAAGAAGGGAACGGUGCAGUUCGCGAGCCGUGGCUCUGAGCGCUCGCGAUGCCGUUGAGCGGGGCUGCACCGUUACUCCAUGUGCCGUGAGGGAGAGCAGGGCCGCGUGGACUGCGACGCGCUGUGACACCAGUCCAUUGUAGGACACGUGGGCACUUCAGAAAUGUGAAAAUGCGGUCUUAGAAUUGGUGCUCACGGUGCAAAAGUGGGGAACAAUGAAAUCAGUAAAUGCGAUGGUGAGAGCAUGAACUCCUUGCUGCGUUUCUGGGCCGUGAGAAAGGCCCAAGUGUGAUGCGUGGAGCUAGUGGGACAGAAGACACCAAAUUGUCUGCAGUCCUUGGCUGUAACUAUAAAGACACAGAGACAGUCACCCGCAGGCCCAAGGUGGCUCCCGCUGAGAGGAUGAGCAAGUUCUUGAGACACUUCACCGUCGUUGGGGACGACUACCACACCUGGAACAUCAACUACAAGAAGUGGGAGAAUGAGGAGGAGGAGGAGGAGGAGGAGCAGGCGCCCCCAGCCCCGGCCUCCGGCGAGGAGGGCAGAGCUGCCGAGCCGACCGCGGCCCGGGUCCCCGCGCCCAGGCCGCCCCUGGACUUUAGAACCAUGUUGAGGAAGCUCUUCAGCUGCCACAGGUUCCAGGUCAUCAUCAUUUGCCUGGUCAUUCUGGACGCUCUCCUGGUGCUGGCCGAGCUCAUUCUGGACCUGAAGAUCAUCGAGGCCGACAAGAAUAACUAUGUCCCGAGGGUGUUCCACUACAUGAGCCUUGCUAUCCUGACCUUUUUUAUGACAGAAGUUUCCUUAAAAAUAUUUGUCUUCCGCUUGGAGUUCUUUCAUCACAAGUUUGAAAUCCUGGACGCCGUUGUCGUGGUGGUUUCCUUCGUCCUCGACAUAGUCCUCAUCUUCCGGGAGCACGAGUUUGAGGCUCUUGGCCUGCUGAUUCUGCUCCGGCUGUGGCGGGUGGCCCGGAUCAUCAACGGGAUCAUUAUCUCGGUUAAGACACGUUCAGAACGGCAGCUGUUAAGGCUGAAACAGAUGAAUAUACAAUUGGCCGCCAAGGUCCAACACCUGGAGUUCAGCUGCUCUGAGAAGGAACAAGAAAUUGAAAGACUGAACAAGCUCCUGCAACAGCACGGACUUCUUGGUGAGGUGAUCUAGACGGGGACGGGCCUGUGCCUGUGAUGAGAAGGACACCAGCCGCUCCUGGGCUGCCUCGGGGAGAGGCUUGUUCGACGCCUUUGCCUCACUCCCGCCCGGCUUGGAUUCCGGGGGUCCCGGUUUUCUGGAAUGCUCUGUUCCUCCCUUGGUACGACCUUGAGCUCCCCCUCCCAUUCCUGCCCCACACCGUGCCCGAAAUGUACCAAACUGUCUUUCCUCAUGCUGGACACUUUACUCUUGCCUGAAAAUGAACAGAGCUGGACACUUACUAGUUGUAUAUAAAAUUUAAUCUCAGCGAAUGUAUAGUUCUCACGUUUGGCGUGUACAUUGAGGAACCAGUGCAUCUUUCACGUGAGCACCCUAAAAGACAAAACAGGAAGCUACCUUAGCCACCAGCCCAUUCUAGAAAACUCUUACCUUCCCAAGCUGUUCUAAACAGCUCCUCUUAUCACAUUUUCCCCCAGGGAGUUGUUCUUGGGUACCCAGCCCCUCCUCUGCAUCAAGCUUCUAGCUGGCUCCACCUCGUUCUGCCAAAUGGCAACAUUUUUCUCAAUUACUGUACAAUUAAUGUAUAAAAUAAACUCUCUCCUUCCUUUGGGCCCUCCUACCAUAUUCUUUCCAGCUUCGACUGCUUGGAACUGCUCUGUGGCAUCCCACACCAGCCCACCAGUCAGAGAGCUAGCUAGCUACAGUGCCUGGUACAGAAACGGCAAUUAGACCCAAGACUCCACUAUAAUUACUGUGACAUUUGGGGGAAGAGCCCCUCGUGAGGCCUGGUACUCGCAAAAUUUUAACAAUAUUUUGCUAUUUUUGUAUUCAACGGGACCUGAAAAGAAAACCUGAACUAAAAACAGCGAAUAUUUUUACAAUAACACCUUAAAGCAGGGGGUGAAUAAACUGGAUAACCCUCUGCGCCCGAGCUGCAUCAAGGGCUGUCUGCUUUACUGACUUCCCAAAGGCACAACUUGCCUCCAAACAUGAUCUAUGUGUUGAGAGGACGGGAAAUGACCACGACCAGGUGGUGCCCCACUCUGAAGUCAAACCAAGUAGACCAAGAUUUCCAAAAGGAAAAAAAGGAGGGAAGUGGGUGGAGACAGGAGGUGUGUUGGUUUGGGGGCGACCUCGAGGGUUGGAAAUACAAUAAAAAGGGGUGCCUCUGAGAGAGCCAGGGCCCCACACGCACUCUAGUCCAGCAGUGUGGUGCGGUUUCCUUAAUUAACGACUUACGUCAAACAAACGGGAAGAAGAAAUUGAAGGGCAGCUUGGCAUUGAUGGUUGGCUGGGCCCUGAAGCCUGCCUCUGCAGGUGCAGACACGUCCACAAAAGUCACCGCAGUGGAAAUGAGAACCGUCCUCUCACUUCCUGAGCUGGUCUGAAAGGAAGCGUGAUGUGAGCCCUGCCCUCCAGCGUCGCCAGGAUAACCAAGAUGGCACAGCUUUCACUCCCCUCCCCCAACCACAGCGCUCACAAGUCUGACAGGUCCAGCCGUGAACUCGGAGGAGGGACACGGCUUUACUCAGGUCGUCCUGACACAUCAAUGUCAACCACGGCCCCACUUUCACAAGAAUUUUAAAGGUCAAAUCUAAACAAGAAGGCUAAUAUGAAUAAAGCCAUUAUCAGUGGGGUUUCUCUAAGUAAAAGAUAAUGACUGUUAAAUUGUUUUAAGAAUCCAGAUUGUUUAAAUUUUAAUUAUGAUCUUUUUCCCAAAAUAAUAAAUGCCGCCUAUCACACAAG